AUGCAUCCGAUCACCUCGACAUCCGCCUCUUCCGCUGCUGCAAUGAAUUCAUCGCCUCAUUGGCAACAACAGCUACUCAAAGCAGACAUUUCUCGUCAAUCAGCUUCACCGCAUCAUCAUGCCAGAGCUGCUGCUUUGGCCGCCAGAAGUGCAACAAGUUCUGCGAUUGCUAUACAAGAUCCGACAAAGGGAGGUGCAAUCCAUGUACCGCGGAUGGCAGCAAAUGGACUGCAUGUGAGCAACUCGGGAAGUUCGUUGAAGAAGCAAGCCGACCUAUCUUCUGAUGAGUCGGAUUCUAGCGGAAAGGAUGGUCAGUCAUGGACAACGAUAGAUAUGGGAGGUCUAGGGUUGAAGAAUAUCGCCAAAGAACUCUAUCGAUACACCUUUUUGACAUCUUUGUUUAUCAAUCACAACGCUCUCACUUCGCUGGCUUCUGAUAUUGUACAAUUACGUCAUCUUACCAUCUUGGACGUUUCGGGGAACAAGCUCAACUCUCUUCCGCCAGAGCUAGGUAUGCUUACGAGCUUAAAGGAAUUGUUCCUGUUCGAUAACAACCUUGUCACAUUGCCGCCAGAAUUGGGAACAUUGUACCAGCUAGAAACCUUGGGUAUCGAGGGAAAUCCGAUGCAAGAGAAUCUUCGACAAUUGAUCCAGAAAGAAGGUACACAGGCAUUGGUUGCAUUCUUGCGGGAUUCUUGUCCUGUUCCACUUCCACCUCCUGAGCGUGAAUGGAUCACGAUCGAGCCUGAUCUUGGAAAUCGAGAAGGUGAAGAUGAACCUGAAGCGCCUGCCGAAUCUUUCAACGUGUUGAGCUAUAACAUCCUUUGCGACCGAAUGGCAACUCCGCAAAUGUACGGAUACACUCCAUCAUGGGCUCUAUCAUGGGAAUACAGAAAAGAGUUCAUCCUGCAAGAGGUGAUGAGUUAUGGAGCGGAUAUCUGUUGUAUGCAAGAAGUUGCGUCUGAGCAAUUCGAAGAGUACUUCUUACACCAUCUAUCGCAACAGGAUUACGAAGGUAUUUUCUCUCCCAAGACCCGUGCAAGGACGAUGAGAGAAGAGGAGCGUAAGUUGGUAGAUGGAUGUGCAAUCUUUUACAAGUCAUCAAAGUAUUCGCUAGUGGAAAGGCAAUUGGUCGAAUUUAACCAAGCCGCUCUACGUAGACCGGAUUUCAAGCGAACAGAGGAUAUGUUCAAUCGAGUGAUGACAAAGGAUGAAGUUGCAGUGAUUGCAUUGUUGGAGAACAAGGAGAGCGGUAGUAGAUUGAUUGUUGCAAACGUGCACGUUCAUUGGGAUCCAGAAUUCAGAGAUGUCAAAUUGGUGCAAGUAGCAAUGUUGAUGGAAGAGCUAGAGAAGAUCGGUGAAAGAUUUGCCAAAUAUCCCGCCAAAUUGGACGUGAAGGAGGGCUAUCCUCCUGCUCCUCACUACAAUAAUGGUAACAAGAUUCCAACAAUCCUUUGUGGAGAUUUCAACAGUAUGCCUGGAAGUGGUGUUUAUGAAUUCUUGAGCAAAGGAAAAUUGAAGGGAGAUCAUGAAGAUUUCAUCAAUCACGUUUACGGAGAUUAUACAGCAAAUGGUUUAGAACAUGGUCAAGCGAUGAAAAGUUCUUAUGCACAUAUUGGCGAACUUCCGUUCACAAAUUAUACACCGCACUUUGAAGGUAAUUUGGAUUAUAUUUGGUACAAUUCAAACGCACUUGCUGUUACGGGAUUGUUGGGUGAAGUGGAUUCUGCGUAUAUCGACAAGGUUGUUGGUUUCCCUAAUGCCCAUUUCCCGUCAGAUCACAUUUGCAUCCUGAGCGAAUUCCGCGUCAAGCAUCCAAAAGAUGGAAGACAAAGGACCGGGUUUGGAUCAGCAAAUCGGCUGAACGGGAAAUAG